AACCUUGAAGGGUAGUUGAAAUACAAAAGUUCUUGAACCUCAUUCCUCAUUUUCAUCAAUCUUCUCUCCCCUUGAUCCUCGGUUAGGUAUUUCUUACAGACAUCGGAUUUUCUCCUGAAUCUUCUCCUCACACAUAUUCAGCUACAGAUAGUUGAGGAAUAAUAUUAUUAUUUGUAUACAAACAGGGGUUUUGAAUCUUGAAUCUUGAUUCUUGAUUUUUGAAUUUUGGUUGUUGAGGAUUGUGGUUAUGGCAAGUUCUGGUGGACCUAGGGCAGGCAAUCCACCGUCGAAUUAUAACCCUAAUUCGAUUGCGGAUAAUAUGCAAAACCUUCAAAUCAAUCGCCCUAACCAGCCACCGAAUUUGGGUGCUGGACCUAGAGGUCCGGUUCCUCCUUUUGGUCAGCAACCGUUUCCUUCGUCGGCUCCUUUUUCGUCUCCGUUUUCGGGAGGAAAUACUCGUCCGGGAGCCCCACCGCCAGGUGCCGUUCCCAGGGGUGUAGUGCCACCUAAUGGACCUCCACAAGGUGCAUUGCCUCCUUUCAUGGCUCCUAACACACGUCCCGGUGUUGGUGGUGUUCCUCCUGGUGGUAAUCCACCUCCUCCGUUCGCUUCACGGCCCAUGGGUUCUGGACCUUUGCCGUCAUCAACCGGUGGUAUGCCAGGUCAGCGACCCGGACCUGGUCCUUUUGCAGGCCCGCCUGGGGCACCACCGAACGUAGGCGGUGGUAUGAGUAAUGGACCUCCGAUGUUUGGACCGGGCGGUAUGCAAGGUGGUCCUCAGUUUCCCGCUGCUGGUGUUCGACCAAGACCGUCUGCUGGACCUCCACCUUCUCCACCAACCAUGUCAUCACCCGCAGGUCCUUUUUCAGCUCAAACAACACCGUUUUCCGGAGGUCCACCGGAUCAACCACCAAGAGGGCCAGCAUCACUAGCACCGCCCUUUUCCGCACCUCCUAGAGGACCCCCGACAUUUUCUGCUCAGGCUCAAGGCAUGCCUCAACAACAACCUUCUCCUUUCGGGGCUCAACCAUGGCAAGCGCAAUCUCGACCGAAUGUACCACCACCCCCGAUUCCGGGAUCUGCUCAACCACCACGAAUGUAUGGCAUGCAACCACCACUUCCAAAUCAACAAUCAAUGGCUACAAUAUCACCUACUAUGGGUGCUGGAGGCGCUGCAGUUACCGGACCGUCAAAGAUCGAUCCUAACCAAAUUCCCCGGCCCAUUCCCAAUACCUCAGUGCUUCUUCACGAAACUCGACAAGGCAACCAAGCCAAUCCUCCACCGCCUGCUACAAGUGAAUUCAUCGUACGGGAUACGGGAAACUGCAGUCCACGGUACAUGAGGUGCACAAUCAACCAGAUUGCUUGCACUUCCGAUCUUUUGACGACUUCCGGGAUGCAGUUAGCUUUGUUGGUUCAACCUCUGGCCCUACCUCAUCCAUCCGAGGAGCCCAUACAAAUAGUGGAUUUUGGGGAAAGUGGCCCUGUUCGCUGUUCGCGUUGCAAAGGCUAUAUCAAUCCGUUCAUGAAAUUCGUUGACCAAGGAAGACGUUUCAUCUGUAACUUUUGUGGUUUCACCGAUGAAACUCCGCGUGACUACCUGUGCAAUCUCGGUCCAGAUGGCAGAAGGAGAGAUGCUGAUGAGAGACCCGAGCUAUGUAGAGGCACCGUUGAAUUUGUUGCUACCAGGGAAUUUAUGGUGCGUGAUCCGAUGCCAGCUGUAUUCUUCUUCCUCAUAGAUGUAUCGAUGAACGCCGUACAGACUGGCGCGACUGCUGGAGCUUGCAGCGCGAUCAGCCGAGUUAUUGCAGAUCUUCCUGAGGGUCCUCAAACGAUGGUGGGAAUUGCGACAUUUGACUCGACCAUCCAUUUUUAUAAUCUGAAACGCGCAUUGCAGCAGCCUUUGAUGCUCAUAGUUCCCGACGUACAAGAUGUUUACACUCCGCUUCAAACCGAUGUUAUUGUUCAGCUUUCCGAGUGUCGUCAGCAUCUAGAUCUACUGCUGGAAAGCAUCCCGACUAUGUUUCAGAAUAACAAAACAGCUGAUUCAGCUUUCGGUGCUGGUAUUAAGGCUGCUUUUUUGGCAAUGAAGAGCACCGGAGGCAAACUUUUGGUAUUUCAAUCAGUUUUGCCUUCUGUUGGUAUCGGGGCUCUUUCUGCUAGAGAAGCUGAAGGGAGAACUAAUAUAUCUGCAGGAGAGAAGGAACCUCAUAAACUACUUCAACCAGUAGACAAGACUUUAAAGACUAUGGCUAUCGAAUUUGCUGAGUACCAGGUCUCCGUUGAUGUAUUCCUUACUACUCAAAGUUAUGUCGACAUUGCUUCCAUAUCCAUCGUUCCAAGGACGACUGGGGGACAGAUGUAUUAUUAUCACCCUUUUUCUGCUCUUUCUGAUCCUGCAAAACUCUACAAUGAUCUUCGAUGGAAUGUAACAAGGCCUCAAGGGUUUGAAGCCGUGAUGCGUGUUAGGUGCAGUCAGGGUCUUCAAGUUCAAGAAUACUCCGGAAACUUCUGUAAGCGUAUUCCAACAGAUGUGGACCUACCUGCGGUCGAUUGCGACAAAGCUAUCAUGGUAACUCUGAAACACGAUGACAAGUUGCAAGACGGCACAGAGUGUUCCUUUCAGUGUGCACUUCUUUAUACUACUGUGAACGGGCAAAGAAGAAUACGUGUGUCCACCUUGUCGUUGCCAUGCACAACUAUGCUGAGUAAUCUCUUCCGGUCUGCUGACUUGGAUACACAGUUUUCGUGUUUCUUAAAACAAGCUGCAAAUGAAAUUCUUACGAACCCGCUACUACACGUAAGGGAGCAAGUGACAAACCUUUGUAUCAACAUUCUUCACGCCUAUCGCAAAUUUUGUGCUACCGUAUCAUCAUCAGGACAACUUAUUCUUCCAGAAGCACUAAAAUUGUUGCCUUUAUACACUCUUGCUUUGAUUAAAAGCGUGGGAUUGCGAACCGAUGCGCGCAUUGAUGAUCGGUCAUUUUGGAUCAACUAUGUUUUCCCUCUUUCUGCACAACUGGCAAUACCACUUGUGUACCCCAGAAUGAUUAGUAUUCAUGACCUUGAUCUAAAGGAAACGGAGGGAUCGGUUAUUCCUCCUGUUAUUCCUCUGUCAAGUGAACAAGUGAAUGAGCACGGAAUCUAUCUUCUUGAAAAUGGUGAGGAUUGUUUGAUAUAUAUCGGAAGCACUGCGGAUCCCGAUACAAUGAGGAAACUGUUUGGCAUUUCCUCGGUUGAUGAAAUUCCCAGUCAGUUUGUAUUGCAGCAAUAUGAUAAUCCUUUAUCCAAGAAGCUUAAUGAAGUCAUAAACGAGAUUCGGAGCCAAAGAUGCAACUACCUGCGCUUAAAAUUAUGCAGGAAAGGAGACCCAUCAGGAGCUCUGUUUUUCUCAUAUAUGGUGGAAGACAAGUCUCCGGGUGGCCUCUCCUAUGUAGAGUUCUUAGUACAUGUUCAUCGACAAAUUCAAAGCAAAAUGACAUGAUCCACAGGUUGUGAUGAUGGUCAAGUCACUCUUUUUGUCGAAAACUAGUUGAGCAAGUGAAGUUUGGAAAUUAUAGGCCUUUUGGUUAUUUUUGUAGUUUAUAUUCCCAUAAAUACUUUGGUUUAUUUAUACUCUCUUUUAUUUCUUUUAAAGUCAUAUUUGGUCCUUGUUAUGUAUGAGUUACAGUCUUAAAACCUUAUUUAAGUAUGAAAUGACCCUUAUACCCUUUUCAUCA